AUGCCGGAGGUGAUCGAGAAUCAGCGGUGGUACCCCAUUGUGGGGUGGUCGGCGCGUUUGUACGCGGAGGACCCUCCCGCCUGGUCUACAACCAACCAAGAGGCUUGCUCCAGUACAGACGAGCAGAAGGAGUUCGUAUGGACGGUUUACAAGGGCGAAGACUACGACGAUGAAGGCUGGCUCUAUGGGAAGAAGUUCAACGACACACUAGGCCCCAUGACGCGCUCCAGUGCCGUUCGCACUCGAGUCUGGAUGGGAAACAAACAAGACGAACAGAAAGAAGCCGAAUCUGCGAGCUCUAAGACCGAGAACGCCACUUCUGGAGGGGAAGAAGCCUCUAAAACGGGCGAGUGGCAGACGCUCUUCCCGUCCGACAAGAAGGAGGAAGAGAACGCAGACGAAAGUAAAGAAGACGCAAAAUCUGCUUCGACUGAAGUGAAGAAACGAGAGGACCACGUAAGCACAGCUUCAUCAGCUAAGGAAGCUGAUGAGAAAGACAACGUGUUGUUCCCGCCGCCUGACGGAGAAGACAGUAAGAGAAACACCUCGGCAAAACGCAGCGAGCCGGCUAGAUCUUCUGGAUUCUUCGGCCGAUUCUCGUCUGCAGUCGUGUCUUUGCCGUCGUCGGCCAUUAAUUUAGCCGGGUCAUCGUCGAAGCAGGCAGUGUAUGGCACUGUACAGUCAAUUAGAGAGGCGUCACUCUUUGGAUUGGAGAUGGCCCAAGCAGCCACUGCAGCUGCCAUUUCCGCGGAGCCUCAAACUCUACCGACACGCAAAGGACACAAGAACGGUACGAAGAGUCUGGACGAGGACGACACGGAGGUGCUAUCAAUGCUGUCCAAGCGAUUCCCAGACUUGUCUCCUGUCGAGAGAUCACUGGUGACAUGCUGUCAAGACAGCAUCCCGAAGUAUCUGUCUCCUCCGGAGCUCACCGAGUCAAAACAGUGCAAAGAAUGCGACGUCGAGUUUGGAAUGACCAAGUUCCGGUAUCAAUGCGGCUACUGCUCCGAGUCCUUCUGUCGAGACCAUUUACCCGAGUCUGCGAUCAUUCGCGCGUACGGCCACACAACUCCAUCCAAGCUGUGCAAGAACUGCCAUUACAUUUUGAUGGAGAAGAUCGACCAGCAGCUCGUACAGUGGCGCAUUGAACGUGUGAAGGACUACCUGGACGACAAGCUCAUCGUGUACUACAACACAGCCACCGACACAGCAGUCGACAAGAUCAUGCGUGCUGCUGGAGGAACACUCGUCGCUGCAAAGUCCGCUCCGAUCGGUGCCGCAGCGAAAAUGGCAGUCGUGAGCGCCGAUUUCUUACGCAAAUACGGCCGAGCUGGCUUGAUUGGUUUUAUUCUGCGUAACGAGUUCAUGCAGUCCUUUUCAACGCUGAAAGGCUUGCUGGGCGACUUGGACGACCUUGGCUUCCAAGAUGCAGCUAUUGGUACCUACUAUUUCAUGGCGAUGAACCGAGGAGACCGUGGAGCGGAGCCGGAAGGAGAGAAGACAAGCCACAACGGAUGCGAACCAGUCUCGGACGAGUUCUUGACGAAGGUGCUGAAGUACGCGCCCUUAGCGCUGCAUGGCAUCUACGAGCUGGAUGUUCUGGAUAUACAGCGCAUCAGUCGAUUGCAGGGAUUCUCGCUGAUCUAUGCACACGUCCAGGACCAAGAUGUCCGUCACCCGUCGUUCGCUCUACUGGGCAGUAAGGAGACCAAGACAGCUCUCGUGCUGAUCCGCGGCUCCAAGUCUGUUCAAGACGCACUGACCGAUAUCCAGGCGUGUCCAGAGGAAAUCGGCCUGUCUUCGCCAGGUGCACCGCAGAGCGAGGCGACCGGAGGCUUUGUAGACGCCUUCGCGCAUAACGGCAUGUUGAAAGCUGUCAUGUGGAUCAAGGACCGCAUCGUCAAGUCUCUUCGUGUACUGCAUAAUGAAGGAUAUCACAUAGUGUUCGCUGGUCACUCUCUCGGAGCUGGUUGUGCGGCGUUGCUGUCGGUGAUGCUGCAGAAGGAGUUCGUAGAUCUCGAAUGCUUUGCGUACGCUGUCCCUGCGUGUGUAAACUUGGGUGUGGCUGAGUCGUGCGACACCUUCGUCCACUCCAUCGUGCUUCGAGAUGAUAUUGUGCCUCGCGCCAAAGCGUCGAAUGUGAUGAAAUUGGUCGAAGAACUCAAGAACUUUAAAGGAUGUUGGCGUGGCACUGCGUCGGAGGACUUGGAAGCGUUCAAAGACCGCGCAAAGACGCUGUGGGCGCCCAGAAAGCGCGAGUGGGCGACGGAAGCUGCUGAUCAGAGAAAAGGGAAGCUUGCGAAUCGAGACAAGGCCAUCUCUCCGACAGAUAAACCCACUUUGGCAGAGAAGAAAGCUAAGGACGACGAUAAAGACGAAGGCGUCUCGUCCUGGACUCUUACGCGGACAAAUUUGAUUGAUCAACUCGAUAAGGCUGGCGACAAAAGCUCUGAAGACGAACAACUCGAGCCUUCAGACAAGGCGCGUCAAGAAGAAAAAAAAGUGGCUGCAGAGUUGGUGACGACUUUGGUGGAUGACCCCAAGGAGCUGUAUAUCCCUGGCAAGGUGACGCACAUUUUCUUCUAUAAGGGCAUCUACGAAGCUGUCCACGUGGACCGCAAGUGUGAAGAACUCUCUCAUAUCCCAGUGCAGCAGAACAUGCUGAGUGACCACUUGGGGUGCAACUAUUUAAGUGCUCUGCGUAUUGUGCGUGACGCACGUCGUGCCAAGCCUGCGCUGCCGGAGUGGGUCCCUUUUAGCACCAAGACUCGCUGUAUGUGCUGCGACUCGCCGUUCACGUGGAACUCGACGUCUUCUAGUGAGGCGCAGCAGAACCGAGACCAGCACAACUGUCGACGCUGCGGCGCUCUCGUGUGUGAAGGCUGCUCGCAGAAGUUCAAGUCAAUUCCAGAAUUUGGGAUCAAUGUGCCAGUUCGCGUCUGCGAUCGCUGCUACUAUGAGGCUUAAUUUUUUUUAAAAAUGAGCAUUAGACGGCAACUAAGAGCAUAAAGAAGAAAGGGCAUCUUAUAAA